AUGAUGUUCAAGCCGUUUACUGGCGUGGGUGAAGCAGGAAAUGUAGGCAUUGUGUUGCUGGUUGGCUUCAUAUUACUUGUUCUAACGCGGGCCCUGUAUCUGGGCGUCUUCCAUCCUCUGGCCAGAUACCCAGGUCCUCUCCUUGCGCGGUUCAGCAAUCUAUAUUCCGCGUAUCAUGCGUGGAAAGGGGACAUUCAUAUUGACAUCUACCGUUGCCACGAGCGAUAUGGGGACCAUGUGCGUUAUGCGCCCAACCGGCUGCUAAUUAACACGGCAGGGGCUGUCCAAGACAUAUACGGUCAUCGCGCGCCCGUCAAGAAAUACGUGAACUACCGGGUGCUCGCGCAGCAGGCACCUAAUACCCUCACGAUGCAAGAUAAAAUCCAGCAUAGCCGCCGACGCCGGGUGCUGAGCCAGGGAUUCUCCGCCCGCAGUCUUGAAUCGUGGCAGCCCAGGAUCGUCUCUCAGCUUGAUCGACUAUCCCAGGUCAUACGCGGAUGCUUGAUCACGAUGCCCUCUUCAAUGGAGAAUGGAUGGACGGCGCCUCUUGACAUGGCACGCACCUGCAAGUCUCCUUCGUCAAUAGUUGACCGCCUCACUUUUGAUACAAUGACCUCGGUUUCUUUCGACUCGGACUUCGACACUCUCCGAUCGUCGAAAUAUCGCUAUGUGAUUGAGGCAAUCUCCGCGUCGAACAUUCGACUCAGCGUGCUUCUGCAAGCGCAGGAACUGGCGACAGGCAACCUGGAUGGUCGGUUAUUUCCCUCGUCCAUCGCUGGUCGCAGGCAAUUUGUUCGAUUUAUCCGAGAACUCCUGGGGACGCGGCUGCGUGCCCUUGACAAGGGUGGGGACCUGUUUGCCUUCUUACAGCAAUGCAAGGACCCUGCCACGGGCGAGGGUCUGGGCGUGACGGAAUUGAGCACGGAGACUGCCACCUUUAUCAUUGCCGGAUCUGAUACGUCAUCAACCACCAUGGCUGCUGUAUGCCACUACGUGACCGUCUCUUCUGAAUGUCAUCGCCGGGUAACAGACGAGGUACGGUCGGCAUUUGCCUCGCUGACGGAUAUCCGCCUGGGACCAGCCUUGAAUUCUUGUGUGUUUCUGCGGGGCUGCGUUGAUGAAGCCUUACGCCUCUCGCCGCCGGCAGGGAGUGCUCUCUGGCGGGAAGUUGAGGACGGAGGCGCCUCCAUCGAUGGUCACUGGCUUCCUCCGGGCUGUGAGGUCGGGGUAGGAAUCUAUAGCAUUCACCACCGCGCCACCGAGUGGCCAGAGCCCUUUCAGUUCAAUCCCGACCGGUGGCUGAAGGGAUCGGGGACUCAGGAAGUCGACGGCCGCGCGUACAUGCCCUUCUCGAUCGGGGCCCGGAGCUGUAUUGGUAAACCGUUGGCGCUGGCACAGGUGAUGCUCACUAUGGCCCGUCUAUUCUGGGAAUUUGACAUGCGGAGGGGGGAUCGAAAUGACAGCGAAGCCAAGGAUAUUGAGUAUGUGGUGGCGGAUCAUGUUACGGCCGGGGGUCAGGGUCCCAUGCUGUCUUUCCGACCGCGGAUUUGA